ACACACGGACACAGCUAAAGGGUGGUGGAGAAAGGCGAGCCGAAGAGGAGGAGACAGGGAGGUGCAGGUGACAGGAGGGGAGCCACCGUUCUGUCGUCCCGACCCAACACUCGCCCAAACAGUUGUGCUUCACAUUCCUCGCAUCCUUUCCUCUCUCUCUCCUCGAACCCCAACUGUAUCGCGGUGGGAACCUUUUCUCUCUUUCACCUAAAAAAAAUACCACCUUGAUGAAGCUUCCAAGCUCUGGUCUCUUCCCUCUCCUGGCUCUUUUUUAUUGAAACAAAACCCCUCUUCGAGUUCCUAAAAAUCCCACCUUUAAGGCGCUCUCUCUCUCUCUCUCACUCUCUUUGGUCUUGUUUCAACUCCACUUAGCUUUUGAGCGGAAGCCUUCCUCCUCUCAGAGAGGCUUUCACUUUUAUCCUGGAGGGAAAAGUAGAUAAAUUUGAUUUCCCUGAGUCGGGAGCGACAAAUCGUUUUCCACGUGUUUUGUCCAUUAAGUUUUCGAUUUUUGUGGAUUUCGAAGCUGUUUUCCGCUGAUUUAGAUCGAUAAAUCCCGACCAAGAUCGCCUUUUCCUUGUUGUUGUUUCUUUGAACGGCGGAAUGGGGUGCACGUACUCGAGGGUGGAGGUGGACGAGGUGGUGUGGCGGUGCAAGGAGCGGCGGAGGCUCAUGAAGCAGCUUCUGAGCUGCCGGGCUGAGCUCGCCGCCGCUCACAUGGCGUACCUCAAGUCCUUGAGGAACACUGGCGCCACCCUUUUGCAGUUCACCGAAGUCGAGACGAUGAUCCUGGGUGACGCCCCCCCUCUCCGCCUCACGUUGCCUCCCUCUCCCCCCCCACCGCCGCCUCUGCCACCCUCGCCGCCGCCCCCUCUGCCGCUCUCGCCGCCCCCUCUGCCGCUCUCGCCGCCGCCCCGUCCCAACUUUAGUCCCAUUGCCACGAAGGAGGCGAUGGAGAAGAAGGUUUCUGUCGAGGAUCCGAAUGAUGUGGAUGACAACGGGAGCUGCGGGACGCCUCGCCCUCCCGUCCCUGGAUCAGUCUGGGACUUCUGGGAUCCGUUUGUCCCUCCGGCUUCUUCGAGUUCUUCAUCUCCAGUGCCUCAAAGGGAACAAGGAGCCGUCUCGCAGGUUGCAGUGGACGAAGAGGAUUGGGCAGAGACUAAGUCCGAGUUUGAGGAGGAGGAGGAGGAAGAAGAGGAAGAAGAGAAGGUGAUCCAAAGAAAGGAAGAUUUUGCUGUGACAGUGGAUCGGGCGAGAGAGAAAUGCCCCCUUAAGGAAUUGGCCGACGACAACUCUUCGGUAGUAAGUUGGUUAACCAAGGACACGGACAUGGGGAUGGUGGUGUGGAGGAGCAAGAAGACAUUGGCAGGGAUUAUAAGAGAGGUGGAUGAUUAUUUCUUGAAAGCUGCGGCUGGAGGAAAGGAUGUUGCAGUUCUUCUUGAGUCGAAUCGCAGCUACCGUUAUCCCUGGGAUCCUGAAACAAGGAAAGGGAAGAGUUCCAAGUCGGCCAAGGUUGUAAAUGCAUUGACAUGGAGCUGGUCUUUCAGAUCUUCUCAUUCUAACAAGGAUGCUCAAGAUGCAAUUAAUGCUAGCAGGCAUGGUAACCAUUGCACGACACUAGAAAAGCUUUUUGCUGAGGAGCAGAGGCUCUACAAGCAAGUGAAAGAUCAGGAAAAUGCUAAAUCCCAGCAUAAGAAGAUAAUCUUGCUACUGCAUAAGCUAGAAGCCGGUGACUAUGACUUCACAAGAACUGAGAAAACUCGAUCAGACAUAGAGGAACUGCAGUGCCAAAUGAUAUCUUUGAAGGAGUCAAUCAAUGGAACAUGUUUGUCAAUAUCAAAACUCCGGGAUGAAGAGUUACUUCCUCAGUUAAUUGAAUUUUCUGUUGGCCUUUUGAAGAUGUGGCAAACAAUGUACGAAUGUCAUCAAGUGCAAAACCAUGUUUCUCAACAGGCCAAUCUUCUUGAUAACCAUCUAGGCACUGAUCCGACAACUGACUCCCAUCAACAUGCCAUAUCUCAGCUAGAAACAGAGGUGGCUUUCUGGUAUAAUUCCUUCUGCAACCUCUUCUGCUGUCAACGUGAAUAUGCACACAUUCUCAACCAGUGGGUGCAACUAACCGAUUGCCUUCCGGAAAAUGAUACGCUGAUGGGAUCAACAUCCAGUAUCCGUGGUUUUUGUGAAGAACUUCAACGAGUUCUUGAUAGGCUCCCAGACAAGGUAGCAGCUGAGGCAAUUAAGAGCUUUUUAUUGGUCAUUCGCUCUAUAAUUCUGCAACAUAACAAAGAGCACAGCCUGAAGAAGAUAUCUGAUCGACUCCAGAGUAGGUUGGAGAAAGAGUUGAUCUCUCUUCGCACAUUGGAGAAGCAUGAUGAGCAUGCCCUUCAAGAUCCUCAGGCGAAUACGCUUCCAUCAUCAACUAGGCAUGCCAAACUGGAAGCUUUUAGGAAGAGGGUGGAGGAAGAGAAAGCCAAGUAUCUCGAUUCGGUUCGUAGGAGCCGAGCCAUGACACUGAACAAUCUGCAGACCUGCCUCCCAAAUGUAUUCCAGGCUCUAACGGGGUUCUCGAGUGUUUGCGCGCAAGCUUUGGGGGGAAUUGUUGGUUCCACAGAAGUUGCACCAAGUUUUUCAGAAAGUGUUUCACCUGUGCACUCAUGAACAUUUUACCAUGAUGAAUUCUGUAAGCAAAACCUUUUCUGGUUUCGGCAUCAUGGCCGAUGGUUUGCCGAUCACUUUCUGGAAAAUUAUGGUCUUUUCUUUUCGAGCAAAGCUUUUAUGUUCUAGUGUUAAAGAAUCCAGGAAAUAUUGCUAAACAAUGGGGGGUAUCUCACAGAGCUUGCAGGGAGUGACAUGGAACAGGGCUGAUCGACUAUUACAAGCUGGUUCGGAUCGUCUCGGCCUAUAAAAGAAAAAAAAAAAAAGGUG